AUGAAGUACCUCAGCGAGGAGUCCAGGCUGCUGCUGACCAUCAUCCGCCCCGAGCGCAGAAAGUAUGUCAAGGCCGCCUGCCUCUCUGCCUUCCACGCUGGGCUGUUCAUGCUCCUGCCCAAUGUCUUCACUGACCUCACGGCCCUCCUCGAGCACCGGCUGCACGCCGCGCCUCUCACCCAGCUGCAGCAGGCGGAGAAUCUGGCCGUCUACCAGGACUACGCCAGCAAGGCGGCCAAGUGGACGGUGUACUUCGGGGUGGUGGGGACUGUUACCUACAAGCGCAGAUACGAAUUCAUUGAGUUGACCAACCGAGUCGGGCACCGGCUGCGGGCGGCCAUGUUCGGGCAGCUGGUCAGGAAGAACGCCUACGCCGGGAAAGAGGUCGAGGCUGGGUACGUGCACCACUUGGUCACUGAUGUCAAGGCGAUCAGCGAGUUCCUGGGGGAGACUUUGUUCUUCGGCUUGAGGGGGUCGCUGUUCUUGUUGGGUGGGAGCGGAUGCCUGCUCUACCAGGCCCCGCUGCUGAGCCUAGUGGCGAUCGCCCUCAUGGGGGCGAUCAACCUGGCCUUCCGCCCUCUGAACAGUUCCCUGAGGGCCCUCAAAGAGCAGGAGAACAACGCUCUCAAAGAGAUAUCGGAAUACUCUUACGAGCGGACCAACAACCUCAAGCUGAUCAAGCUGGCCAACCGCUACUCCCACGAGCAGCGCGAGUUCGGCCAGGAGCUGGACCGCUACUACGGCACCGCCCAGAGACUGGCCCGCCUGUCGGGACUCAACUUCGGGGUGCUGGAGGCGCUGGGACUGGCAGGCAUGUUCUUCGUGGGACUGGCGGGCGCGUACAUCAACACCUGCGGGCUCAGCUCCUUCAGCCUCAUGAGCAGCUCCACCUAUGCGCUCUACGUUGCGAUGGGCUUUCGGUCGCUCAUGCAGUUUAGGAUGGAGUGGAUGAAGAUCGUCGGGAUCUACUCCAUCAUCGACACGCGGCUGGCACUCACGGCUCUCAUCCAGUCACCUGACUACAAUGCCUGCCUCUUCGAGCCCCAGGCCGCAGACAAGAGCCAGGCCGGCCCAGAACUCAAGGCCCGGCAGUACCCGAUCAAAGACGACUCGCUCAAGGGACUGGUCUACGCGCUUGUGGGUGAUAGCGGGUCCGGCAAGAGCACCCUCCUGGACCUGGUCGCGGGCCUCACCAAGCCCCACGCGGGCAGGAUCACGCUCGGCGGCUACGACCUGGCCAGCGUGACUGAUGGGUUCUUCCAGGAAAACGUUUCUUACGUCACGCAGGAAAAGUUCCUGUUUUCGCAGACCUUCCGCUACAACCUGUGCUACGGCAAUGAGGGCUUUGACCUUUCAGAGCAGAACCUGGAGCGGUGCGCCAGGAUGGCCUGCUGCUGGGGCUUCAUCCAGGCCAAGGGCGGACUCGACAGCUUGGUCGGGGUCAAGGGCAAGACUCUCAGUGGAGGGGAGGUGCAGAGGCUGAUCCUCUGUAGGGCACUCGUCAAGGACCCGUUCUUGCUGGUGCUGGACGAGGCCACCGCCAACGUGGACGAAUAG